AUGACCAGUCGAUUCAUUCCUAGAACAACCUUUCCGUAUGAUAGAGUCAUCAACUGGUUUCCAGGCCACAUGGCAAGAGGUCUUCGGUUGAUAUCAGAGAGAUUGAAUUCAGUGGAUCUCGUAGUCGAAGUGAGAGAUGCUCGCAUCCCACUCUCCUCAGUCAAUCCAAAUUUCGAAAAAGUAGUUGGCAGACGACCUCGGCUGAUUGUAUAUAACAAAUUUGACUUGGCAGAUCAAAGCACCAAGGAGCCCAUUACUGCUGCAUUCGCCAAGCAUGCGCCAAUGACGCCUGUCGUAUUCACCAGCUGUCAAACUGACAACAACGUCAAAGAAAUCUUAAAUCAUGCAGCUAAACUCGCCGAUCCUAUACCCCAGGUUACUUUGAUGGUUGUUGGCAUGCCCAAUGUAGGCAAAUCAUCAUUGAUCAAUUCACUCAGAAGAGUAGGCGUUGGAAAGGGAAAAGCAGCAGCAACGGGAGCACAGCCAGGCAUCACAAGAACAGUGAUUGGUACAGUGAAAGUGCUGGAAGACCCUACAGUCUAUCUUGUAGAUACACCAGGCGUAAUGGUACCUCAUAUUGCAGAUCCAGUGAGAAGUCUGAAAGUAGCAUUAACAGGUGGCAUUCGUGAUCACUUGUCAGAUGAGCAAACAAUGGCCGACUAUCUUCUGUUUCGAUUGAAUGAAUUUGGCGCUUACGACUAUGCAAAAUGGUUCAAGCUGCCAGAUGGUCAGCCUACAAACAAUGUGGACGAUUUACUGAAGGGUGUUGCCAAGCGUAUAGGCGCCGUUGUGAAGGGAGGCGAGUACGAUAUGACCAUGGCAGCCAAAUUCUUCCUCAAGCAUUAUAGAACAGGAAGAUUGGGUCAAUUCACACUAGACGAUGUCAGCCCAGAAGCACUAGAGACCUUUUUUGAGCACCAAAAGAUGUACGCCACCACCAAUGCGAACCCAAGCACACUCAGUAGACGUCAAGAGAAGAAAGUAGCUAAAUUAGAACAAAGAAAGAACUCGAGAAGAGCCGCUAAGGAAGAGGAAUAA